AAACAAAAAAAAAAAACUUAUAUCAAUUACUAUGCCUUCUGGAAAGCUCACAUUCACUCCUUUGACCAUUGCUGGUCUUGCUCAAAACGGAUAUGCAGAAUCUCAACCUUUUAUUGGAUGCUAUGUCUCUUCUGCUGAAAAGCAUCGAACCAAUUCUGCUCAAGGUCCUGAACCUCAAUUCCAUGACACUUUGAAACUUAACGUAGGCGAACAAGAUCAAACCCUUCAUAUCGAUGUGAUCAAUGAAGACGCCUCUCGUCCUGGACUUAUGGGUUCUACUCAAGUUCCAUUGUCCAAGGUCUUUGAAGCUGGUAACUUUGAAGACUGGGUUCCUUUGUCAGGCACGAACGGUGCACCUUUUGGUCAUGUUUUUGUCAAAUUGAACUUUCAGGCUGAACAAGUGAAUGAUGGCUAUCACAGUUACGGUGCUCCUGCUACUGCUCCUCCUCCUUAUGGUGGUGAACAACAAGAAAUGCAUUCACCCAACACAUACGGUCAUCAUGAUCUUCCUGCCAGACAAGACUCUGCUUCUUCCUUGGGUCCACAAACACCUAUGCCCAAUAACUAUGGGUCUGGACAAGCACCUAAUUUCCACCAUCAACAACCCAUCAGUUAUGGCUCUGAUGCUUCUUUUGGUAUGCCUGGUAGUGAAUCACAUGAUACUCGUGCUCCUGGUGCCGCUGGCGGUUACAAUGGUAGCAACAACAGCUACACACAACCUCCUGCCUACAAUACGCCUCCUGUUGCCUCACCCGGCAGUGCUCCUGGUACACCUUCAUCUACUGCUUCACAAGAAAAGAAAAAAAAGCCCGUUCCUGAUUGGAUGAAAUACGGUGGUGCUGCUCUUGCUGGUGCAGCAGCCGUUGGCCUUGGUGCUUGGAUCAAGCAUGAAGUUGAUGAAAACGAAGAGGAAGAAAGGGAAGAAGACUUGAAACACAGAGAAGAAGCCAUUGAAAGAAACGAGCAUCGUUUAGCUCAAGAAGAAAGAGACUUACACAGUACUUAUGGUCAUAACACUAAUCCUUAUUACGUUCCUCCUGAAGAAGUGCACGAGCGAGGCAUCCCUAAGCCUCAAGAAGAGCAUGAAGAAGAAUACAAAGAGGAACAACAAGAAGAAGAGGAACAACAAGAAGAAGAGGAACAACAAGAAGAAGAGGAACAACAAGAAGAAGAGGAACAAGAAGAAGAAGAGGAACAAGAAGAAGAAGAGGAACAAGAAGAAGAAGAGGAACAAGAAGAAGAAGAGGAACAAGAAGAAGAAGAGGAACAAGAAGAAGAGGAACGUCCUGCUGUAGAUGACUCUAAAUGGCGCUAAAUAAACAUAUAGAAACCAUAUAGGUUUAAGUACAAUUUUUUCUUAAUCUUCCGCUC